UUUAAUCAUUCCCAUGCUUUUUUAUCCUUCCCUAUUAUAUUCUUUUGAAAAGCAAACUAAGCCAAAAUUUUCUUCUCUAAUCAAUAAUGGCAAUAAUGCUCUCCCUCUCCCACCUCCUUUCUCUCCUACUUCUUCAAUUGAUCUCUUCCUCUUUAGCUUACUUUCCUCCAAAUAAGUAUUUUCUCGACUGUGGAUCGAAAUCCGACACAGAACUCAUAAACAAGCGACGGUUUGUUGGGGAUGCCAAACCCAUUGAUUGGUCAAUCUACCCCGGAAAAAGCAAAGUAGUUAAGAACAACACCAUCCCGAAAAACAUAAAUGAAAUAUACCAAACAGCAAGAGUUUACAAUAAGGCAACAUGGUAUGUGUUUAAGAACAUCACUCCAAACGGAACGUAUGUGGUUCGUCUCCAUUUCUUCCCAACUUUACCACAAAUUAUGUCUCAAGCUCGAUUUAGUGUUUCAGUCAGUUCUGGGUUUGUAUUGCUAUCAAAUUUCUCAGUUGGAAAUGAUUUGAAGAAAGCAGUUGUUAAGGAGUUCGCUUUCGCAGUUAACGAAGGGCCAUUUGGCAUCGAAUUUUCUCCUCUGGAAUCGUCUGAUCUGGCUUUUGUGAAUGCCAUUGAACUCUUUCUUGCCCCUGAUGAAUUCAAACCAGAUUCGGUUUACCCUAUUUCUCCAGAAGUAAGAAGAUGGGAUUCUAUGUAUACGUUGGCUUUCAAUGCAUGGAAUGUUGUUUACAGGGUGUGGAUGGGUAGUGGGAUGAUCACUCCAGAGACUGACACGUUAUGGAGAACUUGGCUCCCAGAUUCUGAAUUCAUGCCUCUUCAAUCCUCUGCCAGGACCGUCACCUUCAAUGGAAAAUUAAAUUUCAAUAGACAAGAAACAAUUUACGUAGCCCCAGUCUUCGUUUACAGUAAUGCAAAAGUAUUGGAUAUGAACACCAGCACUCGCUCAAGAGAUUCAACUCUAACUUGGGUUUUUAAUGUGAACAAAAAAUCCAAGUAUUUUCUUCGCUUACUUUGGUGCGACAUCGCUAACCCAAAUUCCAAAACUUUCAAUUUUGACGUCUUCAUUGGCGUCAAUCAAACUUCGCUCCAAUCCACAGAAGUUACUGAAGACAAUGUGUUUGCGUUGCCAUUUUGGUACGAGUUUAUCAUCGUUACUGACCAUUCGGGGUUCUUCAAUGUGGGCAUAGGCCUGAUCAAUAAUGAUCCAUUGUCAAGGGCUUUCUUGAAUGGAAUUGAGAUUAUGGAGUUAAUUGACAAAUCAUUUGUGGGUGUUGUUGAUUUAAGCAUGGGAGAGGAGAAACAGAGUCCAAAGAUGAUUAUUGUUGGGGUUUGUGUUGGUGGGGUUGUGAUUAUUGGUUUGAUAAUUGGAUUGGCCGUGUUUUGUUUUGUAAGAAAUAGGAAGUUAAGAAAGCGUCGUCCUAUGCUUCUUCCUCAAAACGAUCCAUCAUCGGAGAAGAUCGUAUCGAUUGCGGAUAUUGCUCCUAAUUUGAACCUUGAAUUGAAGAUCCCGUUUGCGGAAAUAAACGAUGCAACUGAUGGUUUUCAUGAUAGCAAAAUGAUUGGUGUUGGUGGAUUUGGUAAAGUAUAUGUUGGGAGAAUUAGGGACAAGGAUGUGGCUGUGAAGCGAAGUCAGCCAGGACAUGGACAGGGUAUUAAGGAGUUUCACACAGAGGUUAUUAUAUUUUCUCAAAUUCGACAUCGUUUUCUCGUUUCGUUAUAUGGGUAUUGCGACGAAAACCAGGAGAUGAUCUUGGUUUAUGAAUACAUGGAGGGGGGAACUUUAAAAGAUUAUUUAUACGGUUCAAAGGCUAAAGAUAAAGUUCCAUUGACAUGGCAAAAAAGGCUUGAAAUCUGCAUCGAUGCAGCAAAAGGUCUUCACUAUCUACACACUGGCUCGACCGCGACCAUCAUCAUACACCGAGACAUUAAAACCACAAAUAUCUUACUCGACAAAGAGUUGAACGCAAAGGUUGCCGAUUUCGGCAUAUCGAAAACUGGAGUACCCGACGCCAAAGAAUUAGACAUUACCAUUAGAGGAACUUAUGGAUAUCUGGAUCCAGAAUACUUCAACACUGGACAGUUGACAGAGAAAUCGGACGUUUACUCGUUUGGCGUCGUGCUUUUCGAAGUUCUCUCGGCCAGAGCACCAAUCGUUAAGACCGCUCCAAGUGAAGAGACAAACUUAGCUGACUGGGCAGUUCUGUGCAAAAGCAGAGGAGAGAUUGAAAAAGUGAUCGAUCCUUUUCUUAUGGGAACAAUCGAAGCGAACUCGUUGAGGAAGUUCGUGGAAGUUGCAGAGAAGUGUCUGAAUGAAGUUGGGGCGAAUAGACCUUCAAUGCAAGACGUGCUCUAUGAUUUGGAAUUGGCUUUGCAGUUUCAGUUCACGCCUGUUGGGGAGGGGAAGGGGUUUGAAGGGAUGAGCACCUCCAUCGUUGAAGCUCCAUGGGAGAUUGAUUCGGGGAUUCUUGAUCGAAUUCCUUCCAAGGGAAUCAAUGAUUCAGUCAUGCUAGAUGAAGAUAGCACCACUGUGAAUGCUAGAGAAUUGGCCGCUGAGUUCAAGAUUGACUGUGCUAGAUGAAUUGCUUUCAUGCCAAAGUUUUAGAUUAUUGGCUUCUGUUGGAUCCUGUUUUUAGUCAUCAACUAUGUACUUUAUUUGUCUCUGUCAAAAUGUAAUGCCUUAAACAUUUGGAGGGUCGUUUGAUGAGCAAAUUUGAAAUCUUCAUGUUUGUAAUGAUUAAGCAUCUACGGUUAAUUUAGAGGUUGAGAUAGUCUGAAUUUAAAUGUGUAUGUGUUUCGAACUGAGUCUAAUAAGUUAUAUGUUUGGAGUCCAAGUUUAAGACAAUUGAUAAAACUGUAAAUUUCGAUA